GGAAAGGGAGAAAAGAGAAAGCCAGGAGCAGGAGGAAAGAGUUGAGAAGAGGCUGCACUCAGCUGGAGGAGAUGGAGAGGAACAGCAACAGGACGGUGGUGGUUACAGGAUUUGGUCCCUUUGGAGAACACACGACCAAUGCCAGCUGGGCUGCUGUGCAGGAAUUACAGAAGCUUGGCUUAGGUGAAGAAGUGGAUCUGUAUGUGUAUGAGAUUCCAGUGGACUAUCAGAAGGUCCAGGAUUUGAUUCCUUCUCUGUGGAAGCAUCAUAACCCUCAGUUGUUUAUCCAUGUUGGAGUUUCGGGAAUGGCCACCACAGUGACACUGGAAAAAUGUGGACACAACCGGGGAUACAUGGGACUGGAUAAUCGAUGUUACUGUCCAGACAAUCACUGCUGUGUCCAGGGAGGACCGGACUGCCUCGAGUCUGUCAUUGACAUGGAUGUCGUGUGUAAUAAAAUCACUGGCCCACAACCGGAUGUGGUCAUUUCUGUCUCACAGGAUGCUGGAAGAUACCUCUGUGAUUUUACCUAUUAUACCUCUCUGUACCUGAGCCACGGCAAAUCCGCUUUCAUUCACGUGCCUCCUCUUGGGAAACCGUAUACCGCUGAGCAGCUGGGGCGGGCUCUCCAGACCAUUAUCGGAGUGAUGCUGGGUGUGCUGGAGCAUCCCAAUGCUAAGAUGAACUGCCAGAUGGCACACUGAGCUCUCAGGAGUGGGCAUUAGGGCAAGCAGAUCUGAGAUCAAAUUGUUUUCCACUUUCUAAACAGUUAUGGGAUGCAACCCUGGUUGUAGCUGCCAUUAUAAAAUUCACAUGUGGGAGGGGGCAAAUGAGAGAGUCUGGAACCUCAAUAACUGAAGUGUAUUUUCUUUGGGGGUGGGUGGUACUCAUGCAUUGUAUUUAAAGUUCAGCUCCCGAAGACGCUGAGAUGAUAUGAAGUCAAGAACAUCUCACCUUGAGCUGAUGUAUUGAGUGCACGUACACACUGUGAUAUAUAACUCUGCAUUCGUUUUUUAGUAAUGUUUUAAAAUGAGCCAUUUCUUACUGAGCAUUUUUAAAUCUGAGCCUGUAACAAUGGCUAUAUUUUUGAUCUUUUUAGGUUUUUCAAUAAGUCUGUCACAAAUUUGCCCCUCUGUUCUCCUACCUUUUAUCUCAUUCACUUUGUCCUUGGUAUAGACUUCUGCCUCUUGCCUUUGUUUUGUAUAUGCUUUCGCUUUCUUUCUCCCAUUCACCCUCUUCAAGGUUUUCCUUUUUUUCUUUAGGGCUGUCACCUUCUUUUCUGCUUGCUCCCCUGCUAUUCGUUUCUGUUUCCCUCUUGCCCGCUCUCCAGUUCCUCGCGCAUUCUCUCUUUAUCUUUCUGAAGCAGAUCAAUUUAUGUUCAAGUCUGCGUGAAUGGAAAUGACAGACAGUCACAGAAGUUCGAUUUUGAAUGUUCUGUUAAACUUUACCCCGAAGGCUAAAAAGCCACAGCUCCAGAGGCUGGAUGCACUUAGGCACUUAGAUGUUGUCAGUACUCGAAGAGAACACAUGCUCACAGCAUGCAUAUGCAAUGUUUGCUUUGUACUUAAGUCAGUUUUGACUAGAUUUUGUAUUUCUUUAAAGUUUGGGCUAAACUAACCAUAGCUUAGAUGGUUUUAAUUAGUUUAAGAUAAUACAAGAAAUUAGUUAAUAAGUUAAUGUCACUGUUUUUAAGACCUUAGUUACUUUGGCCGUCCAAGAUUAAGUCCAAUGUUCCUAUCUCUCUUUGUGACCCUGUUGACAUUCGAUCAUUGUUGGGUUUCAGUACUAUUCUGCUGUCUCUCGGUUUCCUGUGGGAUUUUGGCACAGGCCUGUUUUUCAAAUGAAUCCAGGGGAACUUGGCGACAUACCAUCUUAGCAGGACUUAUACACUUAAUGGUAAGGUCCUAGGGAGUGUUGCUGAACAAGGAGACCUUGGAGUGCAGGUUCAUAGCUCCUUGAAAGUGGAGUCGCAGGUAGAUAGGAUAGUGAAGAAGGCAUUUGGUAUGCUUUCCUUUGUUGGUCAGAGUAUUGAGUACAGGAGUCGGGAGGUCAUGUUGCAGCUUUAUAGGACAUUGGUGAGGCCACUGUUGGAAUAUUGCAUGCAAUUCUGGUCUCCUUCCUAUCGGAAAGAUGUUGUGAAACUUGAAAGAGUUCAGAAAAGAUUUACAAAGAUGUUGCCAGGAUUGGAGGAUCUGAGCUACAGAGAGAAGCUGAACAGGCUGGGGCUGUUUUCCCUGAGCGUUGGAGGCUGAGGGGUGACCUUAUAGAGGUUUACAAAAUUAUGAGGGGCAUGGAUAGGAUAAAUAGGCAAAGUCUUUUCCCUGGGGUCAAGCUUACCUGUGCCUUGGUUAGUGUGUCCCAUCGCUCACUUGGCGAAUAUUUGUUCAAAUUACACUACAUGGCUCCAUACUGGAGGUGUUUGUGCUCUGCAUCUUCUCUCACUGGUUUGUGGAUGAGGAUGUCUUUUGCUUGGAAACAUGAAAACAAAGAGUAGUAUUAGAUUUCUCACGGAGGGUGAGAGAAUUGUGGAGUAAGUCGUGGAGAAGGAGCGAAUGGGGAUCAAUUUGAUUGAACUUUCAAACAGCUGACACAGACAUAAUGGACCAAAGGGCCUCCCCCUUUACCAUAAUAUUCAACAAUUCUCCAGCAUCAUCCUGGAAAGCCAUGUGACUGGGCAGGAGGCAGUCCGAUGAGUUUCUGCACCAGGCAUUGAAAGACACGGCGAAAAGUUAGCUUUAGAUAUUUACAGAAGGAAGGUAUCUCGUUAGAUUAGUCUCCCAAACCCUGAAAGCCAAGUUAACAAAUCAAUUCUUCUAACAUAAAUUUUCCUGGAUGAGUCUUGAUAAUUGGAGUUUAAAUUAUAAACUAUGGAUAUUGAAAGCACAACCCACUGGUCAGUAAACCUAGUGUGCAGUGAAAAUGCCUCUCAAGUCCAUCGGGUUUAAAAGCAAGGUUGUGUGUAGAUUUAAUUGUAGCUGAGAGAUUGUGAGGCAAGUUUCUAACAUUAGACAAUGUAAAUACUGUACUGUAGGAGUGUAUAUAUCAUUAAAGGGCAGCAUUUAACCUUCGUGCACAACUUGGACUUUUGUAGCUCCUUUAAAUAGAGUAAGAUUACAAUGUGUUUCAUGAGAGCACUUCAGACAAAAUAUAACAUUUAAGCUGCAUAAAGAGUUGUUAGUAAGUCCUAGGUUUUAAGGGGCGUCUUAAAGGAGGGAGAGUUGACGAGGUUUUGCAAGGGUUUGCUAAAGUUUGGAGGUUAGGCAACUUUAGAAAUGGUUGUCAAAUCGAGGCAAAAAACAUUUGGGGCACGCGAGAGCUUGGAAGAAUGCAGCCAUUCCAAUCCAGUGGAGGCUGGUUGUCUGGCUGAGGAGGUUAAGGAGAGGGUUUUUGUAUCAAAAAAAACUUCAGGACUGCUGGAGAGAUGGCAUUUCUCAGUUGUGCACAGAACUCUGAUCUUGGAAGCAGCGGGUGACUCCUACUGGCUUUCAGAUUUAAGAUGCAAGAGUCUUUUAAAAAUGAGCUCCACCUGAUUUCUAGGUUGAUUUAAUUAUUGUGAUUAUGACGAUAUAUGUCUUCCAUUAUCCACUCCCUGAUCCCACAGUCACGCUUGUGCUGUGAUUGGAUGUGUUCAUAUUCAUAUGCAAGUGUCUUAAAUCUCUCCUGUUAAGUCCGAAGGAGGAAGGUAUGAGGCAAUAUAUAAAGGGUGGUGAUGGAUGAUCAUUCUGUAUGUGGAGAAGAAAAAUAUUGAAUCUGUAAUUUGCUGAUUUUGGACAUUUAAGGUACUGCACUGUUUGUGGAUUUGUCAAUUUAAUAACUGGUAUUUUAGUUGGAAUGUGGGGGAGACACGUCACAGUGACAGAGACGCUGUCCUGAGGCACGUCACAGUGACAGAGACGCUGUCCUGGAGACACGUCACAGUGACAGAGACGCUGUCCUGGAGACACGUCACAGUGACAGAGACGCUGUCCUGGAGACACGUCACAGUGACAGAGACGCUGUCCUGGAGACACGUCACAGUGACAGAGACGCUGUCCUGGAGACACGUCACAGUGACAGAGACGCUGUCCUGGAGACACGUCACAGUGACAGAGACGCUGUCCUGGAGACACGUCACAGUGACAGAGACGCUGUCCUGGAGACACGUCACAGUGACAGAGACGCUGUCCUGGAGACACGUCACAGUGACAGAGACGCUGUCCUGACUGUAGCUUUCUGCAUCCUGUAGCCUGCCCUUUUUUUUUUAAAAAGGAUCAUGGGAAUUAUUUGAGAAAUAAAGACUAAGAUGCAUCUCGUUCAAUAUAAUAAGAGUUGCAUGAUAAACAAUAAUGGAAUCAUGUACAAACCAUAGCCUUUGAUUUCUGUCGUUUAGCUCGAUCCAGACUGCACUGUCUGAGAGAUUGGUGGAAGUAGAUUCAGUUGUCACUUACAACAGCAUUUGAUAUGUUCUUAUCAACCAAAAAGAAACUUCAAUGCCACAGGGAGAGUGAGACUAAAUUGGUAACUCUUUCAUGAAGUAGCAAGGGUGCAAUGGACCAACUGAGUAUCCGUCCUUUUUGAUUCAAUGUUUCCACUGAGUCCAAAAAGAUCCAGGCACGAGAUGAGGCAAAAGCAUCUGUUCCUCCCGAGCAUGUCUCAUUUCGUGAAAGAAAUUCAACUUGUGCUUAAAAUGAUCAAUACAAGUGGCUUGCAUCAUCUCCUCAGGGAUUUAUUCCACAGAUUAAUCCCUCUCUCCCACCCCUCCUUCCCCCUCUCACGCUCUCAUUUACUCAGGGCCUUGGAAGGUUUUCUGUGGUGUCACUGAUAUGCAAUUCUACAGGAGAGUUCUUGUAAGUUAGAGCUAUUCCUUCAACAGAAACUCAUCGUUUGGAUGUUGUCAAUAAUAUUUCAACAUUAGGAAGGACCUAUCACCUUACUCUACUCAACACUAAUGAGGAGGUAUUAUUGAGGUGAAGACUCAGCGUUUGGCCAGUUUGAACACAGCAAGAUCCCAAAGACAACAUUUUGGAUGUUGCUUAGGCAAUAGGAAUUGGGUAGGCCACUGUGAAAUUCUCUCCUGCAUUUCCUCUAAUUAUAUUGAAGAGUCCUUCUACCUUCAGCUAGGAGAGCACUGCAGGGAAGUGUGAGCUGUGAUUAUGUCCUUGAAGCUCUGGAUUGGGGCUUGAACCGUAGUCUAACUCGAGGCAAAAGCCAGUACUGAGUGGGUUGAUUGUGCAUCAGCUGGGCUCCGUGGUGAUCCUCAGAUGGUUUGAGUUCCAGAGCUCUUGAACACAGCCUCAGUUGACCUUGUACAGUACUCGGGAAGCAUGGAGUUUGAGAUAUGGAGCUGUCACCCUUGCUGUCCAUUCCAGUGACUCAAGGAGAUGCUAAAGAUCCUGUGGCCCUAUUCAGAAAGACCGUAUGCUCCCAGUACCCUGACCAAUUUUUUUCAAUCAUUGCUACCAGCCAGUCUUGUUCCGUGUGCCUUAUGGGGCCUAUGCUUGAAUGAAAUAGCAGUAGCCACUGGUUAUGGCUUAGCUUCAAGUAGUUUUUCCUACUCAAUGUGUGUGCGAAUCUAGUGUUGUAUAAAUCCAAGUUGUAUUUCUUACCAGUUUCAGGCAGUUUUAUGUCAGUUAAUUGUUGCUAGCUGUUGGGUCAAGACUCUACAUGAAUUGCACUUUUCUUGCUGGUGGCACCAAGCAGCAGUAAGCCAUCCAUUUGGACCACAUUCAAUCCCCUGUUCCCAAGGUGAAAGGAACCCCAUCUCUUCGUCACCCCUCAACUUGAUAUCAAGUCACCUUAAAUAAGUGACACAUGGGUGGAUUAUUCACGGUUUGAGCAGUGCAUUGAACAUUGUUCAUCUCCUGCUGAACUGGCAGUCAAAUCCAACUCAUGAACAAUGAGACAAAGUCAUUCCGCUGCAUAUAAGCAUCGUAUCUCUUGGGAGUCUUAACCUGGUAUCUCCGGCUCUGAGGGGAGUAACUGGUUGUAACGACUUUAAUUGGCAGUCCUGGUCUCAAAGGAGCAGGAAGUGGAAGUGUCCCUGCUACAGGAACUGGUGGAAGCAAGAAAUUGAUCAGAUGGUGGAACACUUAUUCUGCCUCUAAUGUCAUGAUGUACCCCUUCGGUGUGUUUGGGGGUAGUUUGGAGAGAUUUGCUCUAUCUAACCCCUGGCUGUACCAGCCUGGGAGUGUUUGAUGGGAACAGUAUCAAGGGAGCUUUACUGUAUGUCUAAUCCUGUUUUGGAUAUCAAAACAGCAGGUGUCCAAGAUUCACCUCAACAAUCACAGAAAGACAGAGCUUAACACAGGAGUAAAUAAAGCUAAUUUAACAUAAACUGGAUUGGAGAUCAGUGGGAUGUACUUAAACCAUUUUCCAAAAUGGUGACACUGCAGUCCUCUGAGAACCUACACCUGCAGAACGUCAGCAGGAAUCGUUACAUCCGCUACUAUUAUUCAAUGAUCCUUUUUAAAUAUUAAGUCAGGGAUCCAUAGUUUCCCUUCAGUAUCCUUGAUUCUAGGUUCGACGAAAGUUGUCCACCCGUUCUUCCUAACAAAUUUAGUAAGUUCCUCUGCCACUCUAUUAUGCCUUUUAAUACGCAUGUUCUUUACAAAGGGGGCACCAUCCCGAGAUGUGUGCCAGAGUUUCCGAGGUUACAUUACAUCUUCUGCAGGCUUUGAUGUUAAAUGGUCUUCCAUACGACAAGGACGCCCUUGUCGGAAACAGAUUGGUCCUUAAUAAAAUUGAGUUAAUUACUUUUGAGGUUUUCAUAAAUUGAAUCUUUUUAAGCCAAUUAUUCAAUAUACUAUCGUUUUUGAAGUAGUGAACACCUCCUUGGCAGGGGAGAGCUAUCCAUUUGUCAAUUUCCGUGGAUCUCCAAUUCGCAUAAUUAGUGUUGCUGAAUUCAUCGAUUUCCUCAUCACUUUCUUCGUUGAUAGUAUUAAUUUCUGCCAAUUGCCUAUUGAUAUUUGGAUUCCAUACCAAUUCCAAAGACUUUAAUUUACUUAAUUUCUUCAUUCUCUCCAUAAUACUUUCACCCUCGAACUGAAACGAGGCAUGCAAAACUUCGUCUGGGGAUUUAUGGAGAGCCCCAUAUUUCCUCAUGAUCGAUAUUGGAAUAAAGGUAGCCAACCUGGUUAAUGCCAAGCCUCCAUCACGAUAUUUGGCAUAUAAAAUGCCAUCCGUGAUGGAUUGCGGAAGAUGUAGUAUUUCCUUGAUCGCAUUUUUAAUUAUAUUGUCCAAUUUGUUUAGAUAAUUAACAGAGGAUUCUGAUAAAAUUAGAUAAUAUAAUCUGGGAAUAAAAUAUGUUUUUAAAAUUUCUACUUUCUGUGUUGGUCUUAGGGGUGAUAUUUUUAAGUUGUUUAUCCAGCCUUCUAGUUUAACCUCCCAGUCCGCUUGGGCUAUACCAACCCACGGGUCUAUUUUGUCCCUAAGUAUUUAUCUGUCUGACCCGGUUCUAUGAAUUGAAUAGAUCCCUCGUUAAAUUUCCAAUUGUCUUUAUCAUUAAAAAUAAUUGUUUUGUUCUUGACGGUAAAAUAAAACUCUUUAGUCUUCCUAACGUUAAUCUCCAUUCCCGUAUUCACGCAGAAUUUCUCGACCAAUUUUAAAUUAUACUUCAUCCCCUCAUAUGUAUCGCUGACUAACGCAAUGUCGUCUGCGAAAGCUAACGUAGUGCAGUGACAAUUCCUACCAUCUACUCCUAAAAAUAUCCCUUUUUUUCCAUCUUCGAUAGUAGCGAUGAGAGGAUCCAUCACUAUAUUAAACAAAAUGGGUGAUAGCGCAUCACCUUGCUUAACACCUCUUAAAAUACUCAUUUUUUCCGUCUUGCAUUUAAAACCCUCAAUCUGCGUUACGUUGUUCUCAUAUAAACUAGUUAUUAAUUUAAUAAAUAAAAACAGUAAAUGGAGUCUCCUAAGGGCUGUUAAAAUUAGUUUAUGACCAACGGUGUCGAAGGCCUUAGCCAGGUCUACAAAGACCACUGCUACGUCCUCCUCCUUCUUCUUAGCUCCUCUUAUAAUAUUCUCUAAAAUUUUAAUAUUUUCUUCACACCCAGCAACGCCGGUCAUAAAACCUUUUUGUCUCUUAUUAAAAUUAAUUGUUCUAUUUAAUCUAGCCGCCAUAAUUUUUGAAAACAAUCUCAACAUAAUCGACCCUAUUGUUAUGGGUCUCCAAUUGUUAAUGUCUUUAAGUUCCUCUUUAUCAUUUACUUUAGGAAUUAACACCGUUCUACUCCAUUUCAACUGAUCUGGGGUAUUACCAUUUUUGAUCCACAAAGUAUAUAUUCGGGGAAGCAAAGUGUUGUCUCUAUUAAAAAUCUUAAUUAUCUCUUUUAAGGUUAUCCUGUCGGGUCCGGCAGUGGUGUUGACGUCCAUCGCCUUAAUGGCCUGAUUGACAUCGUCCACCGUCACCGGACCCAACAGGACUCCCUCUACAGAAUCCUCACUCCCUUUUUGUGUAUUUAACGAAUCCCCUCAAAUUACAUUUAUCAUUCACCUUUGAUAAUCUUAUUUUAUAAUAUUCUUCCAGGUCUUCUUUGUUAAGGGGACAUCCAUUAUUAGAUGGAUCCCCCAUUAGGGUCCUCGCUAGACGCUGCCUAUUCUUUUUAUACAUAGUUUGUACUACUUUAAAUUUUCCUUUCUUUCUACUAUAUCUCCUUUUCGCGUUAUUCUCUCUCUUUCCUUGCCUGCCACUCUUUAAUUUCACUCCUACCUCCUUACUCUUUUUCUUAAAAUUCUUAUCUUCUUUUCCCUUUCCUAUCUUCCUAAUUACUUUAUCCAUAAUCUCGUCAUACUCCUCGGUAAUACUUUUUGUCUUUCCUAGUCCCUCUUCCAUAAUUUUAAUUAAAUCUUCCAAAGACUCAUCCCUAUAAUCCAUUCUAUCUCCACUAAUCUCAUCCUCUUGCCUCUCACCGUCAAGGGGUCUUCCUUCCUCAACUACCCUCUCUCCUCCUACCUCCUCGUUAUCAUUUUCCUCAUUCAUACUAGCAUCAUUUAGUAUUACCUCCUGGUCUAUACCCGUUUCCUCCUCGCGGUUGCCCUGUUUUUUAUUCAAUAACCUCCUUUUAUCCGAGAUCUGUUUGGCUGUUUUAGUAUCUAACCUUUCCGCGAUAAGUUUAUUUAUGUUUUUACAUCCCUUAAAUUCAGACUCUAGCGAUUGCAAUUUUACAAUUUCUUCCUGGGACCAGACCCCUUUUUUACUUUUCUCCCCAUUCAUAACCUUUUCUUUACUUUUUUCCUUUUUUCAUUCCUUAAAUUAGGAUGAGCAUGCCUCAUGCUGGUCCAGUCCCCUAGAUGUCUUAAACUUUAACGGGCAUAAUUCACAGCUAAUUAAGCCGUCAUUCACUAUCUCUCCACUAAUAUCUUUAUUUUGAGUUACAUUACAUUUUGAAUAGUGGCAGGCUACCGCUUGAUAGCUUCCUUCCCAUUCACAUGCUACAUUUUAUUCUAACUGAUUUAAUCCCCUUACAUAUUUUUAAAUGCUUCAUAAAUAAUCCCGUAGUGUUAUGCACAUUUUUACAAUACUCGCAGCUAAAAUUAUCAAUUGGAUAAUUUAUAACUACUUCUAUUUUAUCAGCCUCCCUAGUUAUUGGGUGAAUAAUUUCUCCUUCAUCUCUCUCCUCUCUGUGCUCUAUCUCUCCAACCCGACUAACAUCAAAGAGCCCAUUAAAAUUUGAAUUAAAAUAUGUCCGGCUAUUAAAAAGACUGGACUGUAGAGGGGCCUCCAAUUCGAAUUAAGUCCGAAUUACUCUGAGCGUAAUUAUUGGCUGCCUUGUGCCUGCCCAAGGACAGCCGAGCCGGAAUAAUAAUUAUAGUCUCUUCCAUCUGUGUUGAGACAGACUGUCUAGUCCAUUUUUGGCUCAUACAUUUAGCGCACGGAGCCGCCAAUAACAACCGUGCGGGGCGUUUAUUCUCCCGGUUUCCCACCCAAUCAGAAUUUUCAGUUUCGGCCAUAAUUGCCUCAACCAAAUUUGGAUUUUAAAUUUGACUGAAAGGUCACCAGCCGUCUCGUAUCUUUUCUCUGGGUUGUAUUAGCCGACCUGGUCUGAGUAACGCUUUAUCAACGGUAGAAGACAAUAAAACUGCCAGAAAGUCCAGCACAGGUUAAAACCUAGGUAAAACCAACCCGAAGGUCAAGGUAAGACCAUCAGUUUAAAACACAGCUAAAACCCCAACAGCUAAAAUUGCCCUCCGUUGAGCCUCCUCUUCCAGGCCGUUACCAGGGGGAACCACGUGGAGGUUCAACCCAACUUUGUGGUCGAGAAAAUACGUAAAAACAGAUCACAAAGAUGACUACGCAGGCAGGUCGGAGACCAACAACCUUAAAAUACUGUAGUCACAUCCUCCCUAAUUUAACAUAAACUGGAUUGGAGAUCAGUGGGAUGUACUUAAACCAUUUUCCAAAAUGAUGACGCUGCAGUCCUCUGAGAACCUACACCUGCAGAACGUCAGCAUUUGUCAUUGAGUCUCCAUGGUUACAGUCAGAAACCAUGUAUGUGCCAUAUAAAUAUUUUGGACAGUGAAUACUCUGCCAGUUUUAUCUUGUACCUCUGUCUGCUUUUAUAAUUAUUAUCCCUCUAGUCUAACACAUUUCCAACUCGUGAUUGUGAUGUCCAUAGUGAUAAUUUUAAGCAUUUUAUUGGCAAGCUACCAGGUGAUGAAGUCUUUUCGCUGCAUCAGAGAUGGGCAGUCAGGAGAGACAGCACGUGCACAGGAUCGAGAUUUGACAGAUGAAGGUUGUGUUGUAAAUUGGGAGAAACUAUUUCUUCUAAUGGGGAAUCAGUGACAAAGUGAUACAUCAAAAUUGUCAUUGAGAGUCGACAGGGUUGGGGAAAUUUCUAUGCAGAGGGAUCAAUGUUUUCCCACAGGGAAAUGAUUGAAGCAGAGAGAGGUUUGUUGAGAGAAAAGAAUAAUUGAACAGAGAGAGAGAGCGCAGACCUUGAGUAGUUUUGGACUGUCCUAGAGCCAGUGUCAAUGUGAUGGACUGAAAUGUGAUAUGUGUAUCAAUGUCUAACAUUUGUGAACAUUUCUUUUGUCUAUAAUAGCAGAACUGUGAAAGCAUUCCAUUACUGUACUGGUCAGAGCAUUGAGUGUAGGAAUUGGGAUGUCAUGUUGCAACUGUACAGGCUGUUGGUUAGGCCACUUUUGGAAUAUUGUGUGCAAUUCUGGUCUUCCUAUCGGAAGGACUUUGUGAAACUUGAAAGGGUUCAGAAAAGAUUUCUGAGGAUGUUGCCAGGGUUGGAGGAUUUGACCUAUUGGUCCUAUAGCUUCAGAGACUGAGGUGUCACCUUUAUAGAGGUUUAUAAAAUCAUGAAGGACAUGGAUAGGAUAAAUAGACCAGGUUUUUUCCCUUUUAGUGGGGGAGUCCAGAACCAGAGAGCAUAGGUUUAGGGUGAGAGGGGGAAGAUAUAAGAGACCUAAGGGACAACUUUUUCACGCAGAGGGUGGUAUGUGUAUGGAAUGAGCUGGUAUAAUUACAGCAUUUAAGAGGCAUCUGGAAGGGCUUGGAGGGAUGUUGGCUGGGUGCUGGAAAGUGAGACUAGAUUAGGUUGGGAUACCUGGUCGGCAUGGACGAGUUGGACCGUGCUGUACAUCUCUAUGGCUGUAAAACAUGCAAAAUUUUCCCAAAUUAAUUUGGCGCAACAGCACUUUUCUUUCUGAUAUCAGAAGAUUUGUGGGUUUAUGCCUUGCUCUAGGAUUGGAGUUCCUGACCCAGGCUUUGCAUGCUGUACCCAAGCUUUGCUACAUUGGCAGAGGUCCCACCUUUCCAAUUAGCUCCCCUGUUACAAAUUGAAGCUCUUUUAGGGGCCUUGCUGUGCACAGAAUACCUGCCACAUCUGCUUCAAGAAGUGUCGGUUUGAGAAGAAUUUUCCAGUAUACAUUUUGUACAACAGUACAGUUACGAUCAAAAACAAAUUGCUGGAAAAGCUCAGCAGGUUCGGCAGCAUCGGUGCAGAGAAAUCAGAGUUAACAGGUUUCUGAGGAAGGGUCAACAGAACCGAAACGUUAACUCUGAUUUCAAUUCACAGAUGCUGCCAGACCUGCUGAACUUUACCAGUAACUUCUGUUUUUUGUUUGAUUUCCAGCAUCUGCAGUUCUUUUUGGUUUUUAUACGGUUAGGAUCUGCUCUGUUUAGUCUAUGGGCCUCCAGAAACAAAAAUCUGAAUCUGUUUUAUUAAAUUCCAAUUCUCCAACUGAAACAUCCAUGAUUCUUAAUAAAAGUUCAUUUCUUCUGAAAAUAUAGGGAAUUGUCAUCUUUGACUCUGAGAAAUUAUUUAGGUCUUUGUCUCCUAAAAUCAAAUAACUUUGAGGAGGUGACAAGUAGUUGUUAUGGGGAAAACAGCUUAUUCAAAUACUAAUGUGUUGGAAAUGUGAAGAUUCUGUUCUGAAAAUAAA